UUUUAAAUUUGGUGGCCCAAUUCAAAUUAGGAGGAAGAAAAACCCAAAACCCCCGCCCUCUUCACCUGAGUAGCAGCGAUGGAAACUGAUGAAAACCAACGGAUUCUUCCAUUUCAGCUUCAGUUCGACAAACCCAUUGCUUCUCAGAUUAAAAUUGCUGAAUGGAAUCCAGAAAAAGAUUUACUUGCUAUGGUUACAGAAGACUCCAAGCUUCUACUUCAUCGUUUCAAUUGGCAAAGGCUCUGGACUGUUACUCCCGGAAAGAACAUAACUUCCAUAUGUUGGCGUCCUGAUGGGAAAGCAAUUGCAGUUGGGCUUGAAGAUGGGACCAUCUCCUUGCAUGAUGUAGAAAACGGAAAGCUGUUGCGAAACAUAAAGUCCCACUCAGCUGAUGUUGUGUGUCUCCAUUGGGAGGAGGAUGGGAAAAAGGACAAGAACAGUAAUACCUCCAGUUAUGAAGAUCGAACUUCACGGUUCUUUCCUCCUCCCCCUAGAGUUCCUAAGAUGCCUGGACUUGUACCUGGGGAUAGUGGCUUCAUGGAUGAUGGAGAGGAUUCUUUCCCGGAGCUAUCAAAUUCUUCACAUCAAAGAUAUAACAUUUUAUGUAGCGGGGACAAGGAUGGAAGUAUCUGCUUCAAUAUCUUUGGCAUAUUUCCAAUAGGGACAGUUAAUAUACACAACCUUGUUGUCUCCAGUUCACUCUCAAGCAGCAAUGUUGCUAGCCGACUUCUGAAUGCUUCCAUUUGUAAGGUGGCCUUGUCUAAAGAUCUUUGCCAUUUAGUAGUUUUGUGCAAUGGGGAGCUGAUCACUGAUGAGAUUGAUCAAGGUGAAGGACAUCAUGGGUUACUUGGCUUUCACUGCUUAGUCCUCAAUACUUCAAUAUUUUCCAAAAGGAAAACUGAACUUCACCAGGUUGCCCAACAGGCUUCCAACAUUGAAGAUCUGAGUGAAGUCAUCCGGACAUCACUAUCAGUCAUGUCUAAAAUAUGGUCUGAUGCUAUGCACACAUUUCACGAGAAGUUCAAUGCUGUAUCCACAUUGAUCGUUGACCAUGGUAAUGCUCAAAAUCCAAAAGUCAACCUUAAUGGUUUCCUUCUCUUCUGCGUUGAUGUUAAACUUUUGUUUUCCAUUUUUCGCCUAGGACUUGACUCUACUCCUCAGGAUGAGUUUCUAAGCCUUUUAGGUGGCGCCAGAGCCAGUCCUCCGCUUCAUCAGUUUUUAGAAAAUUCUCUUGGUGAGGCGGGUCUCAAGCGGGUAGCAAAGGCAGUUAAUGGUGCGGGGAAAGAGCUUCAGUUAAUUGUUCUUGAUCAUCUCCAGCCUGCUGCAGAAAUUAUUGGAUUCAGAAUUGGAGAAUUGAGAGGGCUUUCAAAAUGGCGUGCACGCUAUAAAGGUAUCGGCCUGGACGAGAAGUUGAUGGAUAAUGCUACAGAAAGGGCUGGCAUGUUACUCAUACAGGUUGAACGUUUUAUGAGGGUUUUAGCUUCUGUUGUACAACAGUUUUCAAAUUUUUUCAGCUGGCUUCUGAAAUCUGUGAAGAUUCUAAUGGCUGAACCAAGUGAUCAGCUACCUUUUAAUAGUGAACUUGUUAUUAUAUUCUUGAAAUUCCUGUAUGAUCAAGAUCCUGUAAAGCAGUUACUGGAGCUUUCUGAGGUAGAUAGCAGUGUCGAAGUAGACCUGGAAACGAUGGAAAGAAUUAAACAACUAGCACAUUUUGGAGGGUUUUCAGAUCUAGAAUAUUUGAAAAGGACGCUUUCACAAGAAUUUCAACAAAUGGAGUCUUGUUUCAAAGAUGCUUUUGAGAUGCCAUUUUCUACUAUUUCGGAAAAACUACUUUGUGAGGAUCUGCUGCCACUUUUUCCUAUUGCAUCCUCUUCAAAACUAAAGCCUUACAAGGUUCCUGCAUCAGUGUCCUACUAUGAGGACAUUUUGCAUGAUGCUUCAGAUAGUGAGAUACAUCAACAGAUGCUCACUGGCUACAUAUCCUUCAAAUUACCAGAUGAUUCUCUUUCAGUCACAAACUGCAUAGGUAUUGUCAGGGGCCUUACACAUGAUUUGAGCAAAGUGGACAGCAUACGUGAUCCCAUAGAAGCGACCCUCUUAUGUAUUCCUGAUGGAUAUCACUGUAUUGAUCUCUCACUUUAUAAAGAGGGUCAAAUUGUUUUGCUAUUAAACGAAACUGCAACCACUUCUGAGAGCUCUGGAAAUGCUUUCAUGAUGAUUCUACAAGCUGGUGACCUUUCAUUUGUAUCUCUUUCAAGAUCUACCGCCCCCAAUUCUUGGAAGCUUCACGAACUUCAGGAUUCUGCUAUAUACCUGCAACUGGAGAGUGAAAAGGUUCGAAGCAUUCCUCAUUCUGUGGUUUCUCCUUUGGCAGUCAGUGCAUCAAGAGGUGUAGCUUGUGUUUUUGCUGCAAGAAAGCGUGCUUUGGUUUACAUCUUGGACGAAGAUGAAGAUGAAGUUUCUGAUACAGAGUGACAGUACCUUGCUGUUUGCUGGGUCUUUUGCACGAUCUACUAAUUUUGGUCAGAUAAGCCUGUGUCUAUUUCUUUUUACUAAAUUGUAGACCCUUUGUACACUUCUAGUUAAUAGUUAUUAGUUGGAUGAUGUUAAAGCUGAAGGAUCAACAA